AUGCCUCCGUCGAAUCCUGUCGGUCCCCGGGCCCCCAAAGACGACUUCAUGAAGGCCCUUGGCCUGAGCACCUCCGAUCCCAAGCACGAGGGUUAUUACCGCGCCAUGAGGGAAGAAGCCAUCGCCGUGUACAACAAGAUCAACUCGGACCGCACCAGUUUGGUCGACGAUAAACGCAACGACACUUCAAUCGCCCAACCUUUCUUCUGGCAUCAUAUCCGCCCAGAACGUCGUCGACAGGCCGUCAUUGAUACGUGGCAACAGGCCAAACCGGGCACCGUUCAGCGAAGUCUCUUCGAUCGCGGUGCCACAACCGGUGAAUUCGGCCCCAAUUGGGUCACCCAAUGGCUUCUGUACAGCGUUUUUCGAUCCCGUGACAUUCGCAAUAAUCGCAACCGUCGAGGAGGAGAAGGCAGCGGCGGAGGUCAGAGCUCCAGUGGAGGGAGCACGGAUGCAGCCAUGUUUGAUCCUGCCCGAGACAAGUAUGUUCCUCGUUGA